UUUCAUCCCAUCUAGCUCCCCUGUAAAUCUGUCAUCUGUCAUUUCAUUCAAUUUCAAAAUGUCAAAAUGGUCGCAUUCUACUCGUGAUAGAGAUCGUGAACGCCGAAGAUAUUCUCGCAGCCGGUCACGUUCUCCCCAACGAGAUCGGAAAAGAAACGAUGAUUAUGACCGGCAACGCGAAGACUCUUCGUCGAAGCGCCCCCGCGACAACCGGGACAAUCGAAAACGUGAAGAAACCAAAAGACGCCGACAUUCACCGCCGCCCUCAUCAAGGACAAGAGGAGAUAAUGAGGGAUUUAGAAGUCGUGGAAGUGCAAUGGAAUCAUCAAGCGACCGACAUCGUGACCGUGACCGCGAUCGCGAACGUGAUCGUGAUCGUGACCGUCAUCGUGACAGAGAUCGUCAAAAGGAUAGAGAACGCAAUGAGCGUUCAAAUGCAUCGCCCGUCAAAGAAAAGGUAAUUGAAAAAAUCAAAAUUGAACCGGAGCCGAAAGAAAGUCCCGAAAAAGAAAUCGACAAAGAAGAAGAACAGCGCCAAUUGGAGCUGGAAAUGAUUAAACGACGUGAACGUAUUGAAUGUUGGCGUGCAGAACGCAAAUUGAAAGAAUUAGAAGCAAAUAAGAAAGAUUUCAAAUCGCUAAUUCUUCCAACGCAGGCAAAUUCCAAGAAAUGGAGUUUGGAAGACGAGUCUGAUGACGAAGAAGAUAAAGAUUCAAAAGAUAUUAAAGAUAUUAAACUAUUACCUCCAAUUGUUGAGGAACAAAAACCACCCAAAGAAGAACCAGAAAGUGAAGAAACAAAAGAAAUUUCAAAGAAAGAAGAAGAAGAAAUUCAAGACGAUAUAGAUCCUUUAGACGCUUAUAUGCAAGAAGUUGCCAAAGAAGUUCGUAAAAUCAAUAACAUUGUCAAUCCUUCAAGCACAACAGACAGUUCAGGGGUUCUUAUUAUGACGGGAAUUGUUAAGAAGACAUCACAAGAUGUUAGUGCGAAUAAGGGUGAACUUAUUGAACAAAAUCAAGACAGUCUGGAUUAUUCCAGUGACGAUGACUUGGAGAAUAUUAAAGACACAGCUGCCAAUUUGGCUAACAAACACAAAAAGGAAUUGGCUAAGAUUAAUCAUGCUGAUGUGGAUUAUGCUCCAUUUAGAAAGAAUUUCUAUGUCGAAGUACCGGAGUUGGCUAAAAUGAAGUCACACGAAGUGGAAAAGUAUCGUGUGGAAUUGGAGGGUAUACAAGUUAAGGGAAAAGGGUGUCCCAAGCCAAUUAAGACCUGGGCACAAUGCGGCGUGAGUAGGAAAGAAAUGGACGUCUUGCGAAAGUUAAACUUUGAAAACCCCACUCCCAUCCAAUGUCAAGCUAUCCCAGCAAUUAUGAGUGGUCGUGAUUUAAUUGGUAUUGCUAAAACUGGAAGUGGCAAAACUUUAGCAUUCAUACUUCCAAUGUUCCGACACAUUCUCGACCAGCCACAAAUGGAAGAUGGAGAUGGUCCCAUAUCGAUAAUCAUGGCACCAACUCGUGAAUUAUGCAUGCAAAUUGGUAAAGAUAUCAAACGGUUCUCUAAAGCACUCAAUCUGAGAGCAGUAUGUGUUUAUGGAGGAACUGGUAUUUCCGAACAAAUUGCCGAACUCAAGCGUGGAGCUGAGAUAAUUGUGUGUACACCUGGCCGAAUGAUUGAUAUGUUGGCAGCCAACUCUGGAAGAGUCACAAAUUUACGAAGAGUAACAUAUAUAGUUCUGGAUGAAGCAGAUCGAAUGUUUGACAUGGGUUUUGAACCUCAAGUUAUGAGAAUUAUUGACAAUGUCCGUCCAGAUAGACAGACGGUUAUGUUUAGUGCUACAUUCCCUCGACAGAUGGAAGCUUUGGCAAGAAGAAUUCUAAAGAAACCCAUUGAAGUUAUUGUCGGAGGACGAUCGGUGGUAUGCAAGGAUGUCGAACAGAACGUCGCUAUUCUGGAAGAUGAUGCAAAGUUCUUCAAGUUGCUUGAGUUGUUGGGUGUCUAUCAGGAACAAGGGAGUAUUAUUGUAUUUGUGGACAAGCAAGAAAACGCUGAUAUUGUCUUAAAAGAUCUCAUGAAAGCUUCUUAUCCCUGCAUGAGUCUUCAUGGUGGCAUCGACCAAUUCGAUCGUGAUUCGACAAUUUUGGAUUUCAAAUCAGGAAAAGUACGACUUCUGAUUGCUACAUCAGUCGCUGCUAGAGGUCUGGAUGUAAAAGACUUGAUUCUUGUCAUAAACUAUGAUUGCCCCAAUCAUUAUGAAGACUACGUUCAUAGAUGUGGUCGUACAGGAAGAGCUGGAAACAAAGGUAAAGCAUGGACUUUCUUAACACCCGAACAAGGUCGUUAUGCUGGCGACAUUAUCCGAGCACUUGAACUAUCUGAAACACCAGUUCCCGAAGAUUUAAAGAAGCUCUGGGAAGAUUACAAAGCUUUACAAGAAGCCGAAGGCAAGAAAGUCCACAGUGGAGGUGGUUUCAGUGGCAAGGGCUUUAAAUUCGAUGAACAAGAAGCAAAUGCUGCCAAAGAAAGCAAGAAACUUCAAAAAGCCGCUCUUGGUUUGGCUGAUUCGGAUGAUGAUGAAGAUAUUGAACAAGAUAUCGAUCAGCAAAUUGAACAAUUGUUUGCUGCCAAACGAAAUAUCAAAGAAACUUCCGUUGCUCCUGUAAUUCCUGCCCCGACAGCUGCCACAGUUACAAUGGCAACAGCUGGUGUUCCCGCCGCCACUUUAACACCACUUAGCACCACCACCACGCCUACCACAGCCACAGCUAUGACCAUUGCAGCUGCAGGUGGUUCAGAUAAAUUGGAACUAGCUAAGAAAUUGGCCUCCAAGAUUAACACAGCUAGGAAUUUGACCAGCGAAAUUAAACCUCCAAUGCAACAACAAGCUGCUACUGAAUUAAUAAUGAAGGGAACUCAAUCCCAGCCAAUGAUUACAGCUCGUACUGUAGUUGAGCAAUUGGCUGCUAAACUCAACAACAAGUUGAACUACCAACCAAAGGAUGACGAAGAUUGUCUAUCGCCAUUGCAACAAUCCUCCUUCACCAAAUACGAAGAAGAAUUGGAAAUUAAUGAUUUCCCACAACAAGCUAGAUGGAAGGUCACUUCUAAGGAAGCACUUGCACAGAUUUCUGAGUAUUCUGAAGCUGGUUUGACUGUCAGAGGUACUUAUGUGCCCACUGGAAAGAAUCCACCCGAAGGUGAACGUAAACUGUAUUUGGCAAUAGAAAGUUGUAGUGAAAUGUCAGUGCAGAAGGCAAAGCGGGAAAUCACUCGAUUGAUCAAGGAGGAACUUCUCAAACUUAGUUCAGCACAUCAUGUCUUUAACAAGGGUCGAUACAAGGUCGUGUAGUAGGGGGGAAUACUUUUAUCAAAUACAAACUCACGUGAGAUUCUAUGUAAUUAUUGUGUAGAAACUUCAAACAAAAUUAAAAUAAAACAAAAUAACAAAACCAGGAAUUA